UUAUUUGAUUUAUAUGAAAACUAUUAGUAUCAUGUUGAUUUGUUAGUCACUUUGAAAAUUAUUAGUUGUAAAUCCAUAGUGACAUAACAAGUUAGCAUAUUGUGAACAGUCUUGUAAGAUCUAGGACAUCAUGGACACUUUACUAUAAAAGUUAUGAAAUUUCUAGAUAUAUACAUGCAUUGCUAAAUUUAUUAACAUGAAACAGAGUAUGGGAAUUCCUGAACAUCGAAAAUGGAUGUAUAAAAGACUUCUUCCCAAUCGGGCAAGAAUGAGAACUGAAUUUGUUAGUGGUGUUAAGAAUUUUAUAGAACAAGCAAUUAGGCAACCUGAGUUUACAGAUAAUGGGGGUAAGCUUAGGUGUCCUUGCAGUAAACAUAGAAACAUAGAUUUCUUAACUCCAGGUGAGGUUACCCUAGAUUCGUAUAAGCAUGGUUUCCAACCAAGCUAUUGGUGUUGGGAUUCUCAUGGGGAGAGUUAUUUAAGCUCAGGUAGUAGAAAUGCAAAUAACGUGAACAGAGAAAGCACUUGUAACCAGCCGUCAAGUUUUGAGUCACAAAGAAAUAACUAUGAGGCUAUGAUUGUUGAUGCUAUUAGGCCAGAAAAUUUGGACCAAUUUGAGCCACAGCAGGAGGAACCUCCAAACAGGGAAGCCAAACUCUUUUAUGAUUUGUUACAAUCUGCGCAACGACCAUUGUGGGAGGGUUGUGAUACCCACUCUGAAUUAUCUAUGACGGUUGAACUGUUGACUAUUAAAUCUGAGGGGAAUAUGUCUCAAAAAGGAUUUGAUAAGCUACUAAAAACUAUGAAGAAGGGUAUGCCUAAGGAUAACUGUCUCGUCCCUAAUUUCUACUAUGCAAAGAAGUUGGUAUCAAAGCUUGGAAUGGAAAGUAAAGUAAUAGAUUGUUGCAUCAACGGUUGUAUGUUGUACUACAAAGACUACGAAAUGGCAAAAGAAUGUCGGUUCUUCCAUGCUCCAAGGUAUAGGGUAGGUAAAGGGGGUAAAACGUUAGCUUUAAAGAGUAUGCAUUAUCUACCGAUCACACCAAGGUUAAAGAGACUAUACGCGUCAGAAAAUUCUGCACGCCAUAUGAGAUGGCAUUAUGAGCACCAACAAGUUGAGGGUGUCCUUGAACAUCCUUCUGAUGCAGAAGCAUGGAAGCAUUUUGAUCAAAAGUAUCCAGGAUUUGCUUCUGAAUCACGCAACGUAAGACUUGGAUUAUGUUCUGAUGGAUUUACUCUUUUUGGUCAAUCUGCUUCUCCAUAUUCAUGUUGGCCUGUAAUAGUGACUCCAUACAACCUCCCUCCAUGGAUGUGUAUGUCUACUCCUUAUUUGUUUUUGACAAUGAUCAUUCCCGGCCGUAGAAAUCCCAAAAGUAAGAUAGAUGUGUAUUUACAGCCGUUGAUUGAUGAGUUAAAGUCAUUGUGGGACGAGGGUGCUUUAACCUAUGAUGUUUCCAAAAAACAAAAUUUCGUAAUGACAGCUGCUUUAAUGUGGACAAUUAAUGAUUUUCCAGCAUAUGGAAUGUUGUCAGGAUGGAUGACAGCCGGAAAAAUGGCAUGUCCUUGUUGUAUGCAUCACACAAAAGCAUUCCGAUUGGAGAAUGGUGGUAAGUCAUCAUGGUUUGAGUGUCAAAGAAAAUUCUUGCCAAGUGAUCACCCAUUUAGAAGAAAUAAGGAUGGAUUUUAUAAGAAUAGGGUUGUGAGAUCAGAAUCGCCUCCUAGGUUGACCGGCGAACAAGUAUGGAAUGAAGUUCAGACAAUGCCAAUGAUAAUGGACAAUAUUGAUGAAGUUCGAAUUCCAGGUUAUGGAGAUACACAUAAUUGGAAAAAACGAAGCAUUUUUUGGGAAUUGCCUUAUUGGAGCACUAACUUGAUUCGACACAAUCUUGAUGUCAUGCAUAUUGAGAAAAAUGUAUUUGAUAAUGUGUUUAAUACUGUUAUGGACAUCAAAGGAAAAACUAAAGAUAAUAUAAAGGCAAGAAUGGAUUUGAAGUUGUAUUGCAAGCGCAAGGACUUAGAAUUACUUGAACACAGUAAUGGGAGGACCAUAAAGCCCAAGGCAAACUACACAUUUACUCUGGAGCAAAAAAGAGCAAUUUGUGAAUGGGUAAAAUGUUUAAAGAUGCCAGAUGGAUAUGCUUCAAACUUGGCUAGAUGUGUUGACAUGAAGGAAGGAAAGUUACAUGGAAUGAAAAGUCAUGAUUGUCAUGUGUUCAUGGAACGCUUACUUCCAAUUGCUUUUAGCUCAUUACCAGAUCAAACAUGGAAAGCUAUAACCGAGCUUAGUCAGUUCUUUAGAGAUCUAUGCUCAACGUCAGUACGAGUAGAUGAUCUUAUUAGCCUUGAGAAAAAUAUUCCAAUCGUGAUAUGUAAAUUGGAACGCAUUUUUCCUCCGGGUUUUUUUGACUCAAUGGAACACUUACCCAUUCACUUACCAUAUGAAGCAAGAGUUGGAGGUCCAGUGCAAUAUAGAUGGAUGUAUCCCUCUGAGAGAUUUCUCCAUCACCUUAAAAAGAAGGUUAAAAAUAAGGCACGUGUUGAAGGAUCAAUAAUUGAGUCAUACCUUAUUGAGGAGAUUUCUCAAUUUUGCACAUAUUAUUUCGAGACAAGUGUGCAAUCCAACAAUACUAGCAUUGGAAGAACAGGGGGUGAUCAUGAUUUGGCACAAUCUUUAUUUCCCAUUUUUAAUUUGCCUGGUAGAUUUGCUGGUCAAUGCAAAAGUCGUUUUUUGGAGGAUAAGGAAUUUACUGCUGCCAUGAAUCAUGUAUUAAUCAAUUGUGAUGAGAUUGAACCCUAUAUUGAGUAA